UUACCACCAGGUUUGGGUAGACAACUAUCACGUGAAGAUGUUCGUCGAGAAUUAGAAGAACGUUAUUUAAUGCCUAAUACAUCGUUUCCUACUUCAUGGCUUUCUAAAUGUCAACAAUUUUGGGAGCGUGAAACGGAUUUUAUGUCUCUCACUUUAUUGAAUCCUUCAAAACCUCGAACUUCAAUAGAAAUAGUAAUAACAGGGGAAUCUAACUUAACUUCCCGAAAUUCAACUUCUUUGUUACGAGAACCAGGAUUACGAAGUGAUUUUGUGAGAGGCACAACAAAUCAAUUUCCUUUUGCCCCAGGUGGUUUGGAAUCAGAAGUAUUAAUUGAGGCAGUAGAUGAAAUUUCUAAAAAUCUUGAAGAAUCUUUGAAAUUUGAUGAAGAUGAAAUAUUAACUAUACCUCCCGGAUUUGAACGUGGUUUGAUUUUUGAAGAAUUUAAAGAAUUAAUUGGACCUAUUGAAAGUUCAAAUUCAGAGCAUAUUCAAGUUGAUGAACAAAUUAAAGAACAAGUGGAUAAAGAUUUACCUCCUGCUAAAGAUGAAAUGGAAGAAACUGUUGAUAGCUUAUUACCAACUAUGCCACCUCCUCUCGAAGGUGAAAAUGUAUCCAGUACAUCAAAAAGUACUGUUAUUGCUGCUCGAAAAAGAGAGUGGGCUCAUGAUGUAGAUAUAUCAAUGGGAUUCCCUGAUUUCUAUGAAAAAUAUCCAUUCGAGUUAGAUACAUUUCAAAAGAAAGCUGUAUAUUAUCUCGAAAUUGGAGAAUCUGUUUUUGUGGCAGCUCAUACAUCUGCGGGUAAAACUGUAGUUGCAGAAUACGCUAUUGCUUUGGCUACCAAGAAUAUGACACGAGCAAUAUAUACUUCACCAAUUAAAGCUCUCUCUAAUCAAAAAUAUCGUGAUUUUAAAAAUACCUAUAAUGAUGAUGUGGGUAUCCUCACGGGAGAUGUACAAAUUAAACCUGAAGCAUCAUGUUUAAUUAUGACCACCGAAAUCUUGAGGUCGAUGUUAUAUAAAGGUGCAGAUUUAAUUAGAGAUGUUGAAUUUGUGAUAUUUGAUGAAAUUCAUUACGUGAAUGAUACCGAGCGUGGUGUGGUUUGGGAAGAAGUUAUUAUUAUGCUUCCUGCACAUGUUAAUCUUAUUCUUUUAUCUGCUACUGUUCCAAAUACCAAGGAAUUUGCUGAUUGGAUUGGUCGAACCAAGAAAAAAGAUAUUUAUGUAAUUAAAACAUUAGAACGUCCUGUUCCCUUGGAACAUUAUUUAUACGCAAAUAAGGAAAUUUAUAAAAUUGUUGAUAAAAACCGAAAAUUUCUGGUCAAUAAUUGGAAACUAGCCAAUGAUUCAUUAUCAAAGAAGGAUAAAGAAAAGAAAGGAAGUGCUUCUGGUGGUCGUGGAUCAGGGGGAAAAGGAUAUAAUCGACGUGGAGGACAAUCUUCUCAAAUGGAUAGAAGUCAAUGGAUUGGUCUUAUAAACCUCCUCAAAAAGAGAGAUCUUCUUCCCGUAGUCGCUUUCACAUUUUCCAAGAAAAAAUGUGAAGAAUAUAGUCGAACAUUAAGUAAUUUUGAUUUCUGUUCUUCGAAUGAAAAGUCCCAGAUUCAUGUCUUUAUUGAGAAGAGUUUAACCCAAUCACGUAUAAGAGGAUCGGAUAGAGAAUUACCACAAAUAAUAAGGAUGCGUGAAUUAUUAAGUAGAGGAAUUGCUGUACAUCAUGGAGGAUUACUUCCAAUUAUCAAAGAAAUGGUCGAAAUAUUAUUUUCCAGAAGUUUAGUGAAAGUACUUUUUGCCACAGAAACUUUCGCUAUGGGUGUAAAUAUGCCUGCACGUACUGUAGUAUUUUCCGGAACUCGAAAGCAUGAUGGAAAAACUUUUCGAGAUUUAUUACCUGGUGAAUAUACACAAAUGUCGGGUCGAGCUGGUCGUCGAGGUAUAGAUUCUACGGGAAUGGUUAUAAUUGCUUGUGGUAUUCCCACAAAGUUGGAAUCACAAUUUCGUCUGACGUAUAAUAUGAUUUUAAAUUUAUUACGCGUUGAAGCGAUACGUGUGGAAGAAAUGAUUAAACGUAGUUUUUCUGAGAAUGCGAGUCAAAAAAUGUUACCAGAAAAACAAAAAUUAUAUGAUGAGAGUGAAAAAGCUUAUGAUAAAAUUGAUAAACUUGAUUGUACAAUAUGCAAUGAUGAUAUAAAUGAAUAUUAUGAUUAUUCAACAAAAAUUAUAGAAUUAAAUCGUCCACUAUUAGAGAGAAUUAUUUCUCAUCCUCAAAGUCGAAAUUCUUUAAGCGCAGGGAGAAUUGUGAUUAUUAAUCAUGCUUUUUACGGAAAUAUUGUAGGAGUAAUUACAAAUUCAUUACCGGAUAAAAGUUCAUUUUGGAUUGAAUGUUUACCUUACACCAAUAUUUCCAUUAUCACUAAAUCUACCAUAAAAUUAGAAUCAACUUCUGUCUCUACAGAUCCUCGUGAAAUAUCUAGAGUCACUCAAGAAUUAUUACGAUAUGCAACGGAAACUCGGAAUUUUGGAAUUAUAGAAAACGAAUGGCCAAAAAUAAAAGAUGUAGAUUUUCAUGAAAAUUGGGACAUAAAAGUUAAAUAUAUGGAUCGCCUGAAAAGAUUUAAAUGUAGAUUUUGCCCGGAUUUGAAUAAACACUAUGCACUUAUUCACGGUGAACGUCUCCUUAAAAAUGAAAUUGAGGAUUUAAAGUUUACAAUAUCCGGUCAAAACCUUGAACUUUUACCAGAUUAUCAACAAAGAAUUAUGGUGCUUAAGAAAUUAGAAUACAUUGAUCAGAAUGGUACUGUUCAAUUGAAAGGACGCGUCGCAUGUGAGAUCAAUUCAAGUGAUGAAUUAAUUGUUACAGAAUUAAUUCUUGAUAAUGUUUUAAAUAAAUACGAACCAUCGGAAAUUGUUGCUUUAUUAUCAUGUUUUGUAUUUGAUGAGAAGAAUGAUGAUAAUAAUAAAGCUCUAGAAAAUUUGCCACCAAAAUUACAAGAGGGAAUUGCUGAAAUAAUAGCCGUAGCGGAACGUGUCGGUUCAAUUCAAAAGGAUAGUAAACUUGACAUUGAUUCAGAGAAAUAUAUUCAAUCACUUAGAUUUGGUUUGGUAAAUGUCGUUUAUGAAUGGGCUGAAGGAGUAGAAUUUAAAAAGAUAAUGGAAUUAACGGAAAUAUUGGAGGGAUCAAUUGUCAGAUGUAUUACUCGAUUAGAUGAAACAUGUCGUGAGGUAAAAAGUGCGGCGAAAAUGGUAGGUGAACAGACGUUAUAUAAAAAAAUGGAAGAUGCACAAGCAAAAAUAAAACGUGGCAUAGUUUUUGCAACUAGUUUGUAUCUAUAA